AUGAGAGCCGCCACAUUUCUGAUGAUUUACCGCGUACUAGUCAACGUUCCGGCCAUGUUCCUGGGCUUAUUCUGUGGCGCCUGGAGUGACCACACGGGCCGAAAACUGCCCAUGAUGAUUCCCAGCCUGGGCAGUAUCUUCGCGGUGGUUCUUUACAUGCUGGGCUUGUUACUGCGAGAACAUACGCUAGUCAUCAUAAUGGCGGGGGCUUUGGUACAGGGUUUGCUGGGAAAGAGCUCAGUGAUCACUAUGGCAGUCAACAGCUACAUCACAGACACCACGACGAACGAGGAGCGCACCCGCAAACUGGGGAAACUGCUGGCGAUGAACUUCUUUGGCCUUUUUGUGGGUUCGCUUCUCGCAGGCGCCUUCCAAGACGUGGCCAAUCUGGAGACCACAUUAGUGGCGGUGGCCGUGUUCCACGCGGCGUCUGUCUUCACGGUGGUUUUGUGUAUAGAGGAGAGUAUUCACGACAAGAUGCCCAGUGAGGAGGGAUAUGUGUCUGAAGACAAGAGACACGGGCUGUUUAGUAUUCAAGGUUUGAAGGAGUCGAUACGAGUGAUACUCCGACCACGAGAGGGCGGGAAGCGAACCCUGGUCCUCACGGCAUUCCUCGCCAUGUUCCUCAAUCAAACGUGUAAAGUCGGCGAGCAGGAUGUCACUGUGCUUUUUAUACAGGUUGGUCUCAGGUGUCACUGGCAUUGCUCUGUCCAAGCCAAAUGGGUUGAGAUCCGUGAAAACUCCACAAAACGACUCGAGUUCAAGAAUGUCCAGAUGAAGAUUCGGACUAGGGCUGGCUCUCAGUAA